AUGUACUUAUAGAAAUAAAAAACAAAGUAAAUUCAAGAAGACAGAAAAUUGCCCAUAAAAGUAUCGAUUAGAAUUCGACCAUUGUUGAAGAAGGAGUAAGGUUAGGAGACAAUCAUCAAAACUGAAAAUGUAAAAGUUAACAAUCCUAUUUUUAAUUAGAAAAAGUUUGAAUUUGAUAGGGUAUUUGAUGAGGCAUCUCUUUAAGUGGAGAUUUAUAAUAAUUUGAAUGAUUGCAUCAAGUAAGCAUUUGAUGGAUUCAAUGGAACCAUUUUGGCGUACGGUUAAACUGGCAGUGGAAAAACCUAUACUAUGUUUGGUAGCGAUUGGGAGUCGCAAAUGAAUUUUGGAUUGAGCCAUUAAGCAACCUACUGUGAUGAUUUAAAAAAUGACUUCUCAUUUGCUGGAAUUAUUCCUAGAGUUAUUUUCGGAUUAUUCAACAACAUGCCACCUAAUUUUUAUAUUUAUUGUUCAUUUCUAUAAAUCUAUAAUGAGAAGAUCUACGAUUUACUGUAAGAUCAUAAGUUACCAAUGCCUUUGAAUUUGCACGAAAGCAAAUUGGAUGGAAUAUAUGUGGAGAAUUUAACAGAAUACGCUGUCAAUAAUUAUCAUGAUUGUUUAACUCUGAUGAAAAGAGGAGAGAGAAAUAGAAUUAUUCGAUAAACUACCAUGAAUUUAAAAUCCAGUAGAAGUCACACUAUAUUUCAACUGAUUAUUGAGACCAACAAGGUUGAUAGAAAUGGAGUUCUAUUUAAAUCGAAGUUAAAUCUAUGUGAUUUGGCAGGCUCAGAAAAAAUAAACAAAUUAGAAGCUCUUACUAAUGCUCAUUUUAUUGAAUUAAAGAAUAUCAAUUAAUCUUUAACGACAUUGGGUAAAGUAAUAUAAAAUUUAUCAUAAAACAAUAAAAACAAACAGAAGUUACCUAUUCCAUAUAGAGAAUCCAAAUUAACAAGGUUAUUGCAAGAUAGUUUAGGUGGAAACACCAUGACUCACAUCAUUGUCAAUAUUGCACCAAACAUUUAUAAUAUUGAUGAAACUGUCAGUAGUCUUAAAUUUGCAUAGAGAGCAAAGAAUGUGACUAUUCAAGUUUAACCAAAUAAAUUUAAUGCGAAUGAUUAAGUCUUAGUUAACAAAUUAGUAAAGGAAAUUGAUUAUUUGAAAUCGCUAUUAAAUAUGAAGAGAAGUGGGUUAAAUUAGAAUGAUUUACACUUCAAGUUGAUGAAAAUGCAAGAAGAAAAUGAGAGAUUAAGAGAGGGUUAAUUGAGUAACGAUGAAGUAGAAAAGAUUAUUCAAGAGAAUAGAAAAAUGAAAGAAGAAUUAUAAAAAUUGCAAUAAUAGUCUUCUUUUGGUGAUCCUUCAGAGUCAAAUUCCAUUGUCAAGAAAAUGCACAGUGAUGAAGGAUUUGUGUCUGAUGUCACAACAGAAAGAAGACCUUUAGCUUAUAAUGGGAUGUUUAUUAUCAGCAAUCCUUCAAAUCAAUAGAAAACAGAAGUUUAAGUGAGAUUCAAAGAUGGAAGAAACAGAGUAUAGUUGAAGAAAGGUUAUGUUGAAAUAAGUGAGCAAUAAGAAUAAAGACAGAAACGAUUUCUUAGUGAAAAAAGAAGAGUAAUGUAAAGAUUAUAGUAUCUUGAAUAAUUACAAAUGAAAAAUGAAAUGACCUAUUCACUACUAUCUUCCCCAAGUCACUUCCAUAGUUUUUAAUCAAAUGAUGAAAAGAAAUCAGUAAAAUAUCGAUUACUAGAAUAAUAGAUGAUUUAGAAGUAAUGA